AUGUGCUUGUGUCUGGUGUAUUGUAUGCUACUCUAUCAGAACUCAUCUAGUCUCCCUCUCGUGCGUGCGCCCCCCGACGCUCUACGCUUUGGCUUUUACAGCGCCAGUGAGGACGUCAGACCGCUGCAUGAAGUACAGCGUCUGCAGACGACGCACCGCCAGUCCAACUGGGAGCUCAAGAUGGCGACGGUCGAACAGGUCUACGGCAAGGCGGCGGCCAUGCGUCUGCGCACAGAGAAAUCAGUGCUCGAGCAGUUUACACGUCUUCCGGGACUGCCAAGCUCGCGCGCCGGUCUUGACACGCUCACGGGCGCAGAUGAACAGAUUGAGUUUACGGACUUCCUAAAUGAUCCUAAUGAGCACCCUGAAAACUUGUUCCGUGUCCACGAGGCCAUGGAAGUGAAGCUCUCGAUUUUCUAA